CUUUCGUUUCACCUCAUUCGUCCUUAACCCUCUUUACUCUGUCAGGCUCGCUAUCUCUGUCUUUUUCUCUGGCUGUAGGCUGCAGCGGCCAGCGAGAGGGAAAUGGCUUUAGUAAGUGUGGUUUGUGUGGUUUCUUUUCUCUGGUUCUGGGCGAAGAAUGCUGAUGCUCGCAUCCCUGGCGUUUACUCCGGCGGGGCAUGGCAGAAUGCCCAUGCUACUUUCUACGGCGGCAGCGACGCCUCUGGAACUAUGGGAGGAGCGUGUGGGUACGGUAACCUCUACAGCCAAGGCUACGGUGUGAACACAGCGGCAUUGAGCACAGCCCUCUUUAACAACGGACUUAGCUGUGGUGCGUGCUUCGAGCUUAAGUGCGCCGACGACCCCAAAUGGUGCCAUUCCGGAAGUCCAUCCAUCUUAAUUACUGCGACAAACUUCUGCCCACCUAACUUUGCCCAACCAAGCGACAAUGGAGGAUGGUGCAACCCUCCUCGUCCACACUUCGACCUCGCCAUGCCCAUGUUUCUCAAGAUCGCUGAAUACCGUGCCGGAAUUGUCCCGGUUGCCUACCGACGGGUACCAUGCAGGAAGAGGGGUGGGAUGAGAUUCACGAUCAACGGCUUCAGAUAUUUCAACUUGGUAUUGGUAACAAACGUGGCAGGGGCUGGGGACAUAGUGAAGGUGAGCGUGAAAGGGACGAAGACAGGAUGGAUGAGUAUGAGCAGGAACUGGGGACAGAACUGGCAAUCCAACGCUGUCCUUGUGGGUCAACCUCUCUCCUUCCGGGUCACCGGUAGCGAUCGCCGGACCUCCACCUCCUGGAACAUCGCCCCUGCCAAUUGGCAGUUCGGUCAAACCUUCAUGGGCAAGAAUUUCAGAGUCUGAUAUGGUCUUUCAUAUCAUCUUCUUCUUCUUCUAAUGGGGAUUUUGGUAG